AUGGGGGAGCCCGUCACUUUCCUCCUGCAGGCCUCUGACGGGCAGCCGGCGGAUGCGGCGGCGUUCCUGGACGCCGUUUGUCACACGCUUCAAACGGAAACCUCCGUGCAUGCCGCGGCGCAGCACGUGUAUCGACCCCUGUCAGUCUACGUCAGCCUUCUGGACGACCCCGACGCGGAGCCCGCGAGCGCGGAGGACGAGAUGGAGGCCUUGCCGGACGAAUGGCCGCCGCUUCACCUGGCGCUCGUCAUGGAGCACACGGCGGCCGCCGCCGCGUUGCUGGGGUUUCACCAACAGCACGCCUUCACCGUGCUGGAGCAUGCCUUGAGUGAGAACAACCGCGUGGCCUCGUCGCGGGCGGCCGCGGAGGGGAGCAGCGCCCCAUGCAAAGGGUUUGAGCCGGCGCAGGAGGACGUCGUGGAGUGCCAAGUAGUCAACGACUUGGGUGGGACGAUUGUCCUCUUCUCUGGCCAGGAGUCCGGCGACGCCCAACACGUUGGACCAACAACUGCGUCGGCUGACGCAAACGAGCCAGUCUGCAGCGUCCCGUGGGUCACAACGGUGCUGCGGCCAUUUUUGCAGUGUCUCUUUUAUGAGCGGAGCCAUUCGGCGGGGAGAGGGACGCAGGCGAAGAAAGAAGUCUCGCCGCCCGGGCUUGCCGCACGCAUUAUUCAGGAGCACUGCGAGGCUCUGCCCGAGUUCUGCGUCCGCUUUCCGGGCCUCAUAGUGCAGCACGAUGUCCUGUACGAGGUCUGUCGCGGCGAUCUUGUGGCUCUUUUGGACUUGCUGGAUGCCUGCUGUGGACUGCUGCUGCCCGUUUUGCAUGGGACCCGCUUGCAGGAGGUGGGGGGCAGUUUGCACGGGACUCCGUCACACGCGACUGGCAGAGAGGCCUCCCACGGCGGCAGUUUACCCCGCGGCUGUUGCCCUCAGACGGCGGCACCGCCGCCAUUCCUGCUGCCGUUCAAGCCGCAGGAGCACCAGCGACUGGCAUUUCUCGUAACGUGGGCGAAUUACAGGGAUGGGGCGGUGGUGGAGCGUAAGCCACCUGGGUCCGCGCGCAAGAGCCAGGAGGCAAGCGUUCUCAGCAACUUCCGCGUCACGCUGCUGAAUCUCAAGAGGAGUGGGUGCGUGGUUCCCGCAAACUCCGUAUGGAGUGGGCUUAUUUUCGUCCUCUCCCGCCUUAUCUCACGCGAUUGUUACCUUGAACGAUUUCUAGACAUCAUCGAGGAGGAGAACUUUGUCUCCUGCUCCUGUGGCAUGCCAGUCG